GACAGAAAGUGCAACUUCAGAGGAGUGUGACUGCCCCAGUUUUUAGCUUUGGAAGUGUACAUUACAUAAUUUAAUUUAAAUUACUAAAUGAUUUUUUUUUUUUUUUUUUUUUUUUUUUUUUGAGUGGUGGACUUUACAAGGGGGAGGAAUCACCCUUACCUUCUCAUCCACAUCUCUUUCUCUCUCUACUUUCUCUCUCCUCUCUCCCCUUCUCUCUCUGUCUGUGGUUGCUGUUUUGUCUAUCUUUAUAAGCAUCAUCCAAGAUAGAAUCACUAUGCUUCAUUAAGCAAGGUAUAGUACAAGUACAAGUUUAUUUAUUUAUCAAAGAAUUUUGAAGAUGAUGAAAGGGUUGGGUUUAGAUGAGAGCAUGUCCAAUUUGACUUCUACUAUAUCUGGUGAAACAAGCAUUUCCUCAAAUGCUAGGAAUGAUCAAUCUUCCUCUACCACCACCACCAACGCCAACAACGCCACCAACACGAACACAAACACGAACACGAUGCUAUACACUCAAGCAUCUUCCUCAUCAUUCGCCUCGCCUCAUCAAGUUCAACCUCCUCCUCCUAAGAAGAAACGAGGCCUCCCCGGUAACCCAGACCCGGAUGCGGAGGUGAUAGCACUAUCACCAAAGAGUUUACUAGCAACAAACAGGUUUAUCUGCGAGAUCUGUAACAAAGGAUUUCAAAGAGAUCAAAAUCUUCAGCUUCAUCGUCGAGGUCACAACCUACCUUGGAAGCUUAAACAAAGAGCGAAAGAUCAGAUAAUACGAAAAAAGGUGUAUGUGUGUCCCGAGCCUAGCUGUGUUCAUCACGAGCCGUCGCGAGCGCUCGGCGACUUAACCGGAAUUAAGAAGCAUUUCUGUAGGAAGCAUGGUGAGAAGAAGUGGAAAUGUGAGAAGUGUUCGAAGAAAUAUGCAGUUCAAUCUGAUUGGAAGGCUCAUUCCAAGAUUUGUGGUACUAGAGAGUAUAGAUGUGAUUGUGGUACCCUUUUCUCUAGGAGGGACAGUUUUAUAACACACAGAGCAUUUUGUGAUGCAUUAGCAGAAGAGAGUGCAAGAGCCAUUAACCCUCUUAGUACACUUCCAUCAUCAGUAUCACACCAAAGUGGUGGACUUGCAGGAAUUACCGCUAAUAAUUCUUCAUCUCACUUUUCUCUUCCACCUCACUUGACUUCUCAUCAUCAACUCCUUCAGUCUCUUCCUCUCAAGAGAGAACAACCUGAUCACCACCAACACCAAUUCGGCCAACACUCGAAUAUGAUCAAUGUUAGGUCGGAUAUCCCACCGUGGUUAGCUUGUCCUCCUCCUCCGCAACAACAGAAUGUUGUUGAUGGUGGAGGUGGACAACUCGAUCAUCACCCGCAUUCGUCUCAUUUGUACUCCUUCCAACACCACCACCAGCAACAACAACAGCAACAGCAACAACAACAGCAUCAGCAGCAGCAGCAGCAGCAGCAACAACAACAACAACAACAGUAUGAACAACAAAGUUCAAGUAAUAAUGCAAUGGGGUCUACAUUGUCAUCUUUUCAAGCCCCGGCCAAUCCCCAAAUGUCCGCCACCGCCCUCUUACAGAAGGCGGCGGAGAUGGGGGUGACCGUAAGUAAUCAACAACACCGACAGCAACAGCAACAACACGGCGGCCAUCAAGUAGUACUAACAAAUAGUACUAGCUGUGGACUAACCGUUAACCCAGGGUUCAUGGAACAAAAUCAAGGUAUGACAACACCCGAGGGGGACGGAGUCGGUGGAGGACAAUCCUCCAUGCUGCAUGAUGUAAUGAUGUUAAGCUCAUUUCAAUCUUCAGCAUCAUCAGUAAGUGGCGGAUUUGACUCGUCGAGUUUUGGUGACUUUCAUCACCAAGCUAUGACCGCGACAAAGUCACAACUUAACGGUGGCGGUGGUGGUGGAGGAGGAGGAGGCAAUGGUGGCGGUAAUGGCGGCAACGACGGGUUGACAAGAGAUUUCCUAGGGUUGAGAACAUUUACACAUAAAGACUUCCUAAACAUGGCAGGGUUAGGACAUAUGAGCCCAUCAUCAGCCUCUUUUGAACAACAACAUGAGCAACAUCAGAAUAAUAAUCAACAAACACCUUGGUAAGGGCAUGUUAUGGGUAAAUGAGUUAAAAUUACAUUUUGUUUUGUUUUUGUAUUUAAAAUUUUUGUAAUGCAUGUUUAUAGAAAUUAGUGAACAAUAUUUCUCAUGUUACAAACUUUGUAAUUUGUCACCAUGUUUAAGACAAAAUAAACUUUUUGAGUAAAUUUUUUUCAAAAUUUUUAUUUUUUAUUUUUUGAUGGGUAUUGGUAGAGUUUAUAAUGGAAUCUUGAACAUGAGGGCAACUGAUGAUAAUGCCAAUUCAUUUCUUCA